CCGUCAUUCCCCAUUGCAGGCUCCACUUAGCAAAAACCGGGGCAGCACUCAGCAGAGCCAUUGACCCGGCAGCAGCAUAGCGCCACGCUCGGCGCCGCACUGCUUGAGCUGCCAUUACUUGCUGUCCCAAAAGAAGAAUCCAACUCGCCAGCAGAAGUCAAACUCUCCUGCUGGUACUCCGUUCGCCGGUCUCAGUUUCCAACGUUCGGCUCGCUUUUGAGUGCUCUGUGUACGAAUUAUUCGUCCCAAUAUGAAGACUCUCAAGACUGCGAUGCAGCCUAUUACAGGUGCCAAUAAGCCCCGUGAGCGGGCCUCGAGCUCCGACAAUGCCAAGCCUACCAUUGUGCUCAACCUGCCGGGUGUCCGCCUCACCGUGCUGACCAGCGCCUAUGACUCACUGCUACAUCUCGACGUCACCCUCAGCUCAGCUUCAUCGCUGCUGCUCGCCACAUACGUCGUCUGUGUGCUUGCCUGGAACGUCCUCUCGGUCGUCCUUACUUUGCUGGCUCACACCGCGGCAUUCGCGCUCAUCAGCUUCUACACGUUUAUCGGCCUCGCAAUGCUGUCCAUGGAUACUGCUACCGCGUCAAACACAGCUUCCAUUCGGAACUACAACGACCGCAUCUCGGAGCUGGAAAAGAAGACAUCCGCAACCGGUUCGACUUCGAAGCUCCCGUUGCUCUCGGUUAUCCCAUCCAAGUCCACCCAGGCAGACGGAGCGUCUGCUUCCAAGAGAAAAGAACUUCAGGCCCCGGCUGCUCGACGUCGUGUGCUGGCGCACCUCAACAGGAAUCGUCUUUUGGUCAAUGUGGUGCCGGGCGACAUGCGCCGCCGUGUGGACAUGAAUCUGGGUGAGGCGAAUAUUCGCAUCGGCAAGGCAUUCCUACAGGCGGUGCCUGGCAAGCGCAAACCUCGCGAUAUUUACGUCGUGCGCGUAGACUGCGGCACCCAGUCGGCUACCCAGGAAAAGCACAUGAACCCCGUGAUUAUGUGGGAUGUGACUGCUACCUUUGACGAAUUCAAGCAACUCGAGCGUGAUUUGAAGAAGGAGCUCAAGGCCAAGAAGCAGUCACGUGACGUCAAGGUGCCGCACCUUUCGAGCGGCGCAGUGCUUUUCGUCCAGCCCGAGUUAACGGACCACGUGCUGAACGCGCGCCGAGUACGUCUUCAGACGUUCAUCGACGCAGUGCGUUCCGAUCCGGUGCUUUCCUCCAUGGGGUGCUUGCGCAAAUUUUGUCAAGCGUACUAAAUUGUUCACCCCGUCGAGCACUCUGACCGAAGGAGGUUCGUAACGGGAGAGAAGGAUGUGCCACAUCGCAUGGAGAAUGAAUUCAGCGAUGGUGGACACGAAAACGAUAAGAAGCUGGAUGGCCUCGAGUAUAUGUAAGUGAGUCAAGACGAACGCGGUUGGUCGUUGUUUGGGUCACCGUAGUGGGAGGUGGGAAAGUAUCCCGACGACUAAAGGCGGCGUUAUCUUUUUUUCAAAUUAUAAACACCAUUAGGUGCUGCAGCUCCGAAGGAGGCGCGCUAGCACAGACAGGAGGUGAGCAACACAGCAUCCACUGAGCCGACCGGAGGCCAACAGCGCAAAGAUCGACUUCAUGACGAUAAAUUCGCGAGAAAAAAAUGUAAAUAGUAUAAAGCUGCUGGUGUUGUAACGCGGUGUACAUGACGCACUUUCAGUCGGAGGGAAGCUCCUCCUUGAAGCUGAAGCGCUCGGUAGGUUACAUGUAAAACGCUGCCGCCAAGAUGUGCUUGUAUUGACGACUGCAAGGCACGUGCACAUCCGAUGGCGUGAGCGAGUCGCACGCCAAGAGCUGUUGUUCAUCUCGAUGCAAGCGAUGAGGUCGAAAAUCCGACCGAUAUCGUGAACAAUGCCCCUCACGCCUGUCUUUGCCCCGUAUCGAGACCUCU